UCAACGGCAAUCGACGCUUAACGACACCAUGAAGUCCUUCCAGGUUGUGUUUUGGCUGCUUAUCGUGCUCGCGACAGUCUGCCUGUCCGAGGGCCGUACCCGGCGGGAUCUUCGCUACCGGCAGAACGUAGCCUACGCCUACCAGUAUCGAACGGAUCAGAUCGCGAGCGUACGGAAGGUUCCACUCGUACCGGUGGUGGUACCCUCGGUGCACAUUCAAAAUCAGCUGCUGCAGCACGAGAAGACGAAGGCGCACGUGCUCCACUUUCCAACACGCCGCCCGAUGCAGGCCAUCGAUCAGCUGCACACGCGAGUUGACAUUGGACAGCAUCGUCGCAGUGGAACCGUUCCCGUGGUACCCGUGGUAGUGCCGGUUGUGCCCGUGGUACCGGCUGUUGCCACUGUGCCCGGCGGAACGGUCGUGGCUCAUUCUCAUACGGAGGUCUACCGAAAAUAUAGAUGAACGUGAGGGGAAAGCGAGUUUAUGGGGAAAAAGAAAACAUAAUAAAUGAGUGAAAAUUCUCGGAAUGGUGGGUUUAGAAUCUGAGUAUCGAUUGCUGAAUUGACCAUGUUCAAUUAAAUUGACUGCUUG